UGUGCAGCCAGUGAUGUCUGAGCUCAUGACCAUAACAAAGCAACAAUGCCAGACUGGAUUCCAGCCCGGCUUGAAGUUCUUGGAGGGCAGAAAUGCGCUGAAGCUGCUGAGUGCAUCCUGCAUUCAUUAAUUCAGUGAAGUCUCGCGGUGUUCACGCAAGCUCUCAGACAUCUUGCGUUUGUCAGACCGCUACGAAUCUGCUACGAAUCCCACCCAGCACUGCUCGAUCGCCGUCACACCUUCACAUGCGGGGCUGAACUGAGUUUGCGCGCUUGAGACACUCGGAGAGGAUCGCGUGCGGCGUUAUUUCCCAAUUGUGCGUCAUUUCUGCCUUUCUGCGUUUCUUCCACCCAGUCAAUAUGGCAACACCCGCCGCUGUAAACCCAUCGGAAAUGGGCACGGAUCUGCCGGGACCAGUAGUCAUGCCAGGCGCUGUGGUGGGCGCGGGUCAGGUCAGGAUGGCGGGCACCAUGCCAGGGCGAGGAGGCAAGCGGAGAUCAACGGGGAUGGACUUUGAUGAGGAGGACGGAGAGGGACCCAGCAAAUUUUCAAGGUAUGACGAUGAUCAGAUUCCCGGUGAUAAGGAGCGAUAUGCCAGAGAGAACCACAGUGAGAUUGAGCGUCGCCGGCGUAACAAGAUGACCCUGUACAUCACAGAGCUGUCGGACAUGGUGCCCACCUGCAGCGCGCUAGCGAGGAAACCAGACAAGCUCACCAUCCUGCGCAUGGCCGUCUCACACAUGAAGUCCAUGAGGGGAACGGGGAACAAGUCAACUGACGGCGCUUACAAACCCUCCUUCCUGACUGAACAGGAACUGAAGCACUUGAUUCUGGAGGCGGCUGACGGCUUCCUGUUCGUGGUGGCGGCCGAGACGGGUCGCGUUAUCUACGUGUCAGAUUCUGUCACUCCCGUUCUGAACCAGCUGCAGUCCGAGUGGUUUGGCAGCACGCUCUUUGAGCAGGUCCAUCCGGAUGACGUGGACAAACUGAGGGAACAGCUGAGCACAUCUGAGAACUCAAUGACAGGGCGUAUUCUGGACCUGAAGACUGGGACGGUGAAGAAGGAAGGACAGCAGUCCUCUAUGAGAAUGUGUAUGGGCUCGAGACGUUCCUUCAUCUGCAGAAUGAGGUGUGGCAAUGCUCCACUGGAUCAUAUUUCACUGAAUCGGUUGUCUAGCAUGAGAAAGAGAUACAGGAAUGGUCUUGGCCCAUCUAAGGAGGGGGAGGCGCAGUACUCUGUUGUGCACUGUACCGGCUACAUCAAGGCCUGGCCGCCAGCAGGCAUGACCAUCCCGGAUGAAGACACAGAAGCAGGUCAAACCAGCAAAUACUGCUUGGUUGCGAUUGGAAGACUGCAGGUGACCAGUUCUCCAGUUUCCAUGGAUAUGAACGGACUCUCUGUGCCGACGGAAUUCCUUUCCCGCCACAACUCAGAUGGCAUUAUCACUUUCGUGGACCCUCGCUGCAUCAACGUGAUUGGCUACCAGCCUCAGGAUCUUCUUGGCAAAGACAUUCUGGAGUUCUGCCACCCAGAGGACCAGAGCCACCUGCGAGAGAGCUUCCAGCAGGUGGUCAAGCUGAAAGGGCAGGUUCUCUCGGUCAUGUAUCGGUUCCGGCUGAAGAACCGAGAGUGGAUGCUCAUCAGAACCAGCAGUUUCACCUUCCAGAACCCUUAUUCAGACGAGAUCGAGUACAUCAUCUGCACCAACACCAAUGUCAAGCAGCAUCAGCAGCAACAGCAGGCCGAACUGGAGGUUCACCAGAGAGAUGGACUGACUGCUUAUGACCUGUCACAGGUGCCGGUUGCCAGCGUCCCAGCUGGCGUUCACGAGGCAGGCAAGACCAUCGACAAAACCGAUUCGCUGUUCUCACAGGAGAGAGACCCGCGCUUCAGCGACAUGUACACAGGGAUCUCUGGAUCUGAUAAGAAGAUGAUGGUGCCGUCCUCCACUGCUGGCGGCCAGCAGUUAUACUCUCAAGGCAGCCCAUUUCAACCCGGACACUCUGGCAAGAGCUUCAGCUCAUCUGUGAUCCACGUCCCAGGAGUCAAUGACAUCCAGUCCACAGCUGGUUCAGCUGGACAGAACCUGACCCAGAUCUCCCGACAGAUCAACACCGGCCAGGUGUCGUGGACAGGAAGCCGACCUCCCUUCUCCGGCCAGGUGAGAAUGAUCCCGGCAUUGGCCGUUGUGAAUGUGUCUGUGUUGGUUUCUCCAGAUGUGUCGGGUGAGAGCAGCCAGAGCGGAGGGCAGUUCCAGGGCCGGCCGUCUGAGGUCUGGUCUCAGUGGCAGAGUCAACACCACAGCCAGCAGGGAGGAGACCCGCAUCCUCAUCCUCAUCCUCAGUCCAGCCAGACCGAGGUCUUCCAGGAUAUGCUGCCGAUGCCUGGUGAUCCCACCCAAGGAGCAACCAAUUACAACAUCGAAGACUUUGCCGACCUCGGCAUGUUCCCUCCGUUCUCUGAGUAAUCUGAGACUCUUUUGUUAGUUUGUUUGUUUGUUUUGGUUCGGACUGCAGUAUCUUCAUCUCACAUGUGACACACAUGACGCUGCUGAAACACAUUUCUGCAUUCACACACACACACACACACACACACACUUGACUUGAUCACUUGUACACAAACAGUUAGAAACACACAGUGCUAAGAGCAAAAUAAAUAUAUUCCCAGUCUUGAUGCUCUUCUUUCAUUUAACCAUCAUGUGAUGAUUAACUGCUGCCAUUAGCACAAAAAAAUGUACGCAAACAUCAUUUAUAAAAUAAAUUUGCAUUUACAGCCAAUUUUGUGAGCAGUAAAAGUGCAAGAUUAUUUAUGCAAAGGCAUCAUUUACUUAUAAUAAAGCAGCAUCAAUAAUAAGCCUAAAAUUCAUAGAAAGCAGGCAAAUUAAUGCCUGGAUUGGGCAAAAUGUGAAUAUGACACGGGAUUCUACGUCAAAUUACUGUAAGUUAAAGUUAGAGGAUUCAGCCAGCAACUUCAAGUCAAGACUGUUCUCACAUACACACAUAAAUAUAACGCCGUUUUUUUUUUUACGUUUUUAUCGUACAGAAGUAUUUUCAGAAUCUUUUGAGAAGCGAAGGAUGGUUUUCUUCACUUGUUGCACCUAAUUUUUCAUUGCCAAACAGCAUCUCGCUGACAAAAAAAACGCGGAGAUAUUUUUACGCUUACCGUGUUAAAUGUAGUCUAUGUAGUGAUGUCUGUAACCUAGCUUAACUAAUAAUAAAUGUAGACGGAUGUAAAGACAAAAACAGUAUUUGAUUUGAAUUUAAAAUGUGCAUUUGCAAUUUUUUUUUUCUCUCUUACAAAAACACUAGCAUCAGUGUCACUUUGUGAAGUAAUCGUCACCAGCCUCAUAUGGGCAGAUGCAGCAUAAAUCUCAAGCAUUUCGCGGUGUUCAUUGUAAUCUUUGUGGCAGCUGCGAUUCUUACUAUUAACUUUUGGACUAAUAAUGUGGACUUCUUGUUUUCUCGAUCAUGCCACAACUCUGGACUGAUGGAAAGACCUUGACAUGAAAUCUACACCUUUUUGGAAAUCAAAUGGAUGUUUAAUGUAAAUAAUGUGAUUUUUUUAUGUCAGAACAUGUUUUAUUUCACAUACAGCUAUAUAUACUUGUGUAGGUUUAAUAUCAUUGUGUGCAAUGUGAGUACAUAUUUAACUCUCAGUACUUAGUUAGCCUGUCAAUUGUACAAUGAGUCUAGGAUUGUAUAAACUGUGUAAAUGUGUUCCGUUAUUUUUGUGUAACUUUAUGACGAGAAAUUGUGCUUGUGACAAUAAAUUCUCAUUGAAUAUGUGGAUUUCAGUCAAA